AUGUGUUUGUCAGCGUGUGUUGCUGGAGAGAGACGUGACUAUCGUGGAUCCUCUGGGGGGCCUCAACAAACUCAUGAUGCUGACGAGGCAGAGAAGAGUCUCUCCACAUCAAAACACCUCAAGAAACACCAGCAGAGACCCACAGGGAAGAAAUCUCAUUGCUGCUCUGACUGUGGGAAAGGUUGCAAAUCUUCAUCAGAACUUAAAAUACACCAGAGAACACACACAGGAGAGAAACCUUAUAGCUGUGAUCAAUGUGGGAAGAAAUUUACUACAUUUAGCUAUCUAACUAUACACCAGAGAACACACACAGGAGAGAAAUCUUAUACCUGUAAUCAAUGUGUAAGUAGUUUUACUCAGCUAAACAGCCUAAUAGUACACCAGCGGACACACACAGGAGAGAAACGUUAUAGCUGUGAUCAGUGUGGGAAAAGUUUUACUAAAUCUAGCUAUCUACCGAUACACCAGAGAACACACACCGGAGAGAAACCUUAUAUCUGUGCUCAAUGUGGGAAAAGAUUUGCCAGAUCUAGCUAUCUAACUAUACACCAGAGAACACACACAGUAGAGAAAUAUUUUGGCUGUGAUCAAUGUGAGAAGAGAUUUACCAGAUUUAGCUAUCUAACUAUACACCAGAGAACACACACAGGAGAUAAACCAUUUAGCUGUGAUCAAUGUGGGAAGAGUUUCGGUACAUCUGGCUGUCUGACAGAACACCAGAGAACACACACAGGACAGAGUCUUUAUAGCUGUAAUCAAUGUGGGAAGAAAAAUCUGUGACCAGAGAUAAUCUGGUAAAAGAUCUCUGAUUAAACAUCAGAAAAUACAUGUUGUUUCAUAAUAUAAAUUAAAUAAUGUUAAUAUUGUGGAAGUAUUUUAGUAACGUCAAAAUGUAGAAUGUUUUAACAUUAGAGUAGCAGUAUUCUAAUGAUGUCACAAUGUAGAAUGUUUUAACAUUGUAGUUGCAGUAUUUUAAUGAUGUCACAAUGUAGAACCCUAAACGUUUGCUCUGAAUUGAAAGUACUAUUUAUGAGAUUUAACAAAAUGUGACUAACAAAAAUAGAGUUGUGUUACACUUACCACGUUGAUGACCCACUUGAAUCAAAAUGCAACACUUCAAAAUGUUUAGGUUUUCAAUAUAUCCCAAACUGUUUCUAC